GUGCUGCGCUCGCUGGCAGCAGGAGGUACGUCUUGGAGCCUGCUGCGUCAGUUGCGUGAGGAGCAGAUGGAGGCGGAUGUGGUGCAUUUCUCUUGCAUGAUUUCUUCGGAUUGGUGCCAAGCUCUGUGGCUGCUUGCAGCCGCAGCAGCCACAGACAUUUCGCCAAAUGCGAUAUUCAAAACACGCGUGGUGAAGGUUUGCGCACCUGCCGACUGGCUCUCUGCGCUGCAGCUUCUGGGCGAGUCGGUUCGGCGUGACACCAUACUCAUGAACUGUGCCAUGACAGCUUUUGAGCCGCAUGGCCUUUGGGGGCUAGCGCUGUCGCAUUUGCAAGCGCGUGCUGCCAUGUCCUUGAUGCCUGAUGCAGUGGCCAUCAACACGGCGAUAAGUUCCUGUCCUCGAGGCGUGUGGUCCAUUGCCCUGCAUCUGCUUGGAGGCUCCAUCGGAGAUAUCGUGGCGAUCUCCUCGACUAUCGCUGCUGCGGAAUGGGUUUUGGCAAUGAGGCUUCUCAGCAAGAUGAGGCCAGAUGCGCUGCUGCCCAACGUCGUGUGCUUCAAUGCCACCUUGAAGGCCACGGACGCCUCCGGCUUGGGCGCACCGUGGCAGCGAGCUGCACAGCUCCUGAGCUCGAUGCCGGACGUGGCCGUGCUGCCGGAUGUCAUCAGCUUUACCUCCUUGCUGCGUGCCUGUGAAAGAGAGGGGCGAUGGCGUCUGGCCCUGUCCCUCUUGCUGGCCAUGCGCCAGGUUGCGGUUCUUCCCACCACGGUGACCUGCGGAUGCCUUCUCAAUGCCUGCGAGUUCGCUGGCGCUUGGCAGACUGCCUUCUUGUUGUUGGAGGAGAUGAUUUCGGCGUCGCUGCAGCUGAAUAUCGUUAUCUGCAAUACGCUCAUCAGCACUUGCGAGAAAGCAUGCCAAUGGCAAUCGGCACUGGCCCUCCUCUUCAACGCAGGGCAAUUUCAGGUGCAGCCGGAUGUGAUCGGAAUGAACGCAUCCUUGGGUGCAUGCGGCUGUGCGGGUGCUUGGGCUUCGUCGCUGGAUCUGCUGCGCAGAAUUGAAGGACCAGCUCGCACAAGCGUGAGCUUCGCAGGCUCGGUGGCUGCCUGCGCCGCUGCUCGUCAGUGGGCGUGGGCGGUGCGCCUGCUUCUGGCGACGAUGGAGAAUGCCUUGGCUCCCGAUGUCAACAGCUUUGGCACUGCUGUAGAGGCUUGCAGUGCACUGGGCCGUGAUUUCUGGCCUGUGGCAUUUCUGGAUGAGUUGCAGUUCAUGGCCGCUUUGCAGCUGUCGGCAAGCAGGUGUCCAGAGGCUUUUGGGAGCAGCUCCGGCUUGGAGUUCGGAGCCUCGCUUGGCGACCACACUGUUGAGCGCUUUGGCCAAGGUUCAGCGCUGGGAUGCCGCAGUGCGAGUUUUGCAGGUGAUGCGCGCUUGCACGGCCCCCCGAAGGUCGAGACGAAUGUGUUCCACUUCAGUUCUGCCGUGGCUGCCUGCGAGAAGGGGAAAGCAUGGCAUCUGGCGGUAGAUAUUUUUCAAAGCAUGUCUCAGGUUGGAAUCUUGCCGAAUGAGGUGACUUACAACAGUGCCAUCGGCGCAUGUGAAGGCUGGUCGUGGGCGACAGCAAUACACCUGCUCGAUGGGAUGCACAGGGUACUGAGCUGCAGCAAGACCAGCUGUGAUAUAUGCAUGAGUGCAUGCUCGAGGGUGUGGCACGUGGCAGUCAGGUUUCUGAGGUCAAUGGCAGAAUACGGGGUUCUGCCAAAUGUGAUCAGCCGCAGCUGCGCCGUCCAUGCCGGGAGCCCCUGGCAUGUGGCCUUUCAUCUCCUUGGGCAGACGGCAAGCGAUCCGAUUGCAUUCAGUGCGGCUUUGGCGGCUCGGGGGCCCUGGGUUUGCGCUCUGGAGCUCUUCGAAAAUCUCCGUUUCCUUCGACUUCGCAUCGAUGCGGUGCUCUGCCACCAUGUAGCAACCGCCUGCCGAGAGACCGGCAGCAGGGUUGGCAGUUGGCAGCAUGCGGUGCACAUCUGCCACUCCAUGAGCGACAUCGCCCUCCUGCAAAAUGUGGUCAGCUACAACU